CGACAGGCUUAUCCCUCCUCACUUGAUCCGAGGCGGGGUGACGCCAAGGCCCUAACACCGAUAUGGCUUAUCCCCGGUAAGUCCGGCAAGGCCAUCAUAAACCACAACGUCCACCACCAUCGACAGCAACGCUGCUUUUCAUCUUGACACAUCCUGCAAACUCUCAACAGAAACGCAAUUGCGAUAUCUCCAAAAUGGCCGGUUCAUAUGACGCUGCGACUUACUUGCUCGACAAGGAAAACAUCCGCGACACUGUGAUCCGCAUGAUGUUCGCCUUUGACGAUGCCGCCACUGAAACAUUGAUCAAUGAUGUUUAUGCGCCUGUCAUCGAGCUCAGCUACGACAAGCUGUUGCUCGGUGAUGAGUUUCAUCAGAAGAAGAUCUCCAGUGAGGAGUGGGCUAAAAGUCUGGAGCAUAUGCAUGACAAGUUUGAUACGACGGAGCAUAUUAUUCAGAACGUUUUGAUUGAGCUGCCGCAGCCGGGGGGUGGGGUGCAGAGGCCAAAAAAUGUCAAGGCGAGGGCUAUCGCUCAUGGGAUCUUCUACAAGAGGGAUGGGGGGGAGGGGAGGCCGUGUGUUAUGGCUUUGAGGAAUGGGGUGAGUCAGUUUCUGGCUCGUACAAGCUGGAGCUGGUCAGGAUUGAAGAGAAGGAGGAGAAGGGGGAGAAUCCGUGGCGGAUUAGUGGGUUGGAUGUCACGCUUGACUGGCAGGAUAGGCCUAGUUCUUGAGGGCCAAAUCAAUCGUUGUCUCUUUAGCCAGCCUCGGCAUCUUCUACCUGUGUCUAAAGUACUUUCCGUGGAAAGAAAAUGUUUGGCUGGAUGAUGAGGUCCGUGUUUGUCUGAGAGAAAUGCUAGAGGUACACGACCUUUCCUUUUGAGACGUGAAUUACCCA